ACUGCACAGGUCGUCAGGCUUACGACAAAAUAAUCAGUUUCAUCCAGGAUGCGGGAGGGGAGGUUCUUAUCGGAGGCACCGGUAAGGCAGAUACUACGACUCACCUGCGACUUUUCUCAUGAUCCUACAGGCGAUGACUCCAAGGACUACUUCAUACAGCCCACCAUCAUUCUAACCAAAGAUCCUGAAUCAAUCACGAUGAAAGAAGAAAUCUUUGGGCCUGUCAUCACUGUAAUGGUUUUUCGUUCGCAAAUACGGAUGUACUAACAACUUCUCAGGUUUAUGUGUACGACGACGCGAAUUAUGAGCAGACUUUGGUACUCAUCGACAACA